AUGUCUCCUAAUAUGUCUGUCUAUCCAGUCUUCUCAGCUGCUUUGACACUGGAAACACUUAAAUUAUCACCACCAAACAAUUAUCUAGCUUUCAUCUUUGGGACACUAACCUAUUUAACCAUCGUCGUUUGCAACAUAGUGGUUCUUUCCGUUAUUGUCACGAGUAAAGAACUGCAUAAACCCAUGUAUAUUCUAUUAUUCAACAUGCCACUGAAUGACCUGGUGGGUGCAACUGCUUUUUUCCCACAAAUGGUCUUUAGUCUUUUGUCCCAGAAUAUUUUCAUAUCCCAUAUUGCGUGCAUCUUGCAAGCAUUUCUUAUACACUUGUAUGGAGCUGGAGCCCUUCUCAUCCUAACUGUCAUGGCCUAUGAUAGGUAUGUUGCCAUAUGCAAGCCUCUGAGGUACAACUCCAUUUUUACUAACAGCUACCUGAUUAAACUCAUCAUUCUCAUGUGGACUGUGGACUUCAGCCUGAUCCUCAUUCUGUUUACAUUACUCACUCGACCUAAAAUUUGCAGGACAGAAAUAAUGGACCCAUACUGUAAUAAUCCUGCUUUGGUUAAGUUAACAUGUGGUGACACAAGGAUCAAUAACUACUAUGGUCUGUUUAUAACUGCAUUUUUCCAAGGCCUGUCAUUGUCUGUGGUGAUUUACACUUACGUGCAGAUCCUGAUAGCUUGUGUCUCAUCAACUAAUAGAACAAAUGCAAGAAGCAAGGCACUCCAAACCUGUGCCACACAUUUAGUAGUUUUCUUGAUUUUUGAGAUCACAAUUUUGUUCAAUGUGCUUGCUUAUCGUAUACAAGGCUUAUCAACAGGUUUGCACAAGUUUUUUGGAGUAAUGAUGCUUACAUUUCCUCCUUUUGUAAACCCUUUGAUAUAUGGCCUAAAGACUAAAGAAAUUAAACAGAAAAUUACGAUUGUUUUCUGUAAAUAG